AUGGGCGACCCGGAAAGGCCGGAAGUGGCCAGGCCGGAGCAGGAUGAGAGGUUAUCUACAGAUACCAAUGAAAAUGACAUGAAGUCAAAUGAAGAGCCACUCCUAAGAAAGAGUUCUCGCCGAUUUGUCAUCUUUCCAAUCCAGUACCCUGAUAUUUGGAAAAUGUAUAAACAGGCUCAGGCAUCCUUCUGGACAGCAGAAGAGUUUAUGUAUAAAGCAAAAAACCAAACCAAAACAAACACCCAGUAUUUUCAUACUGGGUCGUUAUGCUUGGUACACCUGACUGUCCCUAACUGUUUGUGGUUUUCAGAAAGUUUUUUGUUAGAUAUGGUUCAGCGAACAAGUGGAGUACACAGGGAUUUUUUAUUUAAUGCAAUUGAAACAAUGCCAUGUGUUAAGAAAAAAGCAGACUGGGCCCUGCAAUGGAUAGCAGAUAGAAAAUCUACUUUUGGGGAAAGGAUUGUGGCCUUUGCUGCUGUUGAAGGAAUUUUCUUCUCGGGAUCUUUUGCUGCUAUAUUCUGGCUAAAGAAGAGAGGACUUAUGCCAGGACUCACUUUUUCCAAUGAACUCAUCAGCAGAGAUGAAGGACUUCACUGUGACUUUGCUUGUCUGAUGUUUCGAUACUUAGUAAAUAAGCCUUCAGAAGAAAGGGUCAGGGAGAUCAUUGUUAAUGCUGUUGAAAUUGAGCAGGAGUUUUUAACAGAAGCCUUGCCUGUUGGCCUCAUUGGAAUGAAUUGCAUUUUGAUGAAACAGUACAUUGAGUUUGUAGCUGACAGAUUAUUUGUGGAACUUGGAUUCUCAAAAGGGUGAAGCUUAUGAAAAGAAAAACUCUGCCAGGCAUACCCCCUUGUGCCCUGCCUUCAAACAGUUGUGUGAAGGUGUGAUCCUUGAACAGUAGCAACCACCUGGUGACCAUGAAGCAACAAGCAUGAGGAAGAAUAAAAAAGCCAAGAUACUGAUGAUGGAAGAGGUGAAAGGAAAAAGAAGCCUGGGUUUUGAAAAUACUGUUACGUGGCUGGGCCAGCCUUG